AUGAGGAUCCUGCUGAGCGAGCUGGGACUGUCCGGCGCGUGCCUCGGUCUGACGCUGGAGCCGCGCGCCUCUUCGCUGGACCCUGCGAAGCCUGCGCCAGGGCCGAGCGCCAUAGAGUCGCGCUCGCCAAGCGCCUUCACACCCAACUCCUCCAGCAUGCUACUGCUGCAGACACACAGCAACUACGGUUCGUCCUUCACUGAUCUAUUAUCACCGCAAUAUCAAGAAGAUUCGACUGAAAUCUUAGAAGAAAACCUAGAUCCAUUCCCGGACGUAGAAUUUCACGCUCCGGUCCCGCCUGAAGUAAAAUCUCAUCGCACUACGCCGAUUAGUGAGGCUUCGUCGCCAACCUUAGGCCCUGCGUUGCCUAGUUUUGAAGAAACUUACUCAGUUCGUUAUCCCAAACAAGAAAUGGCGGAAUUCGGCAUUAAAAUGGACGAAGACUGCUACAACGUGAGCGCAUAUCAAGGACACACGUCCACCCAGCUACUUUAUCAAUAUCAUCAACCUUCCAUUCCCUAUGUACCGUCUACAUACUACGCACCGGCGCAACCGUGCAGCCCCACAUUCGAUACAGGCGGAGUGACACCCAAUCAAGACUCGUAUUCUUUACCCCCUUUCCCAAGUUCGGUAGAUUUACACAUAGCUACGGAUCAAAGCGCAAGGCAACGACGAGCAUCAUUACCGGUACAGCGGUCAGAAUCUACAAGUUCUAACGACAGCCCUAAAGUACCUGGUGGCAGAAUACACUGUAUGCAAGCGUCUGCACCCAGCUCUGCAUCCAGUUCGCCUGGCGUCGCGCCAGAGGGUACUGGUCCUAGAGUAGCGCCAUCAUCACCGAGUCAGUUAUGCGCUGUAUGUGGGGACACUGCAGCUUGCCAACACUAUGGAGUCAGGACUUGUGAAGGGUGUAAGGGAUUUUUCAAGAGAACCGUACAAAAGGGUUCGAAAUACGUAUGUUUAGCUGAGAAAUCCUGCCCUGUAGACAAAAGAAGACGAAAUAGAUGUCAGUUUUGUCGAUUCCAGAAAUGUCUCAAUGUUGGAAUGGUCAAGGAAGUCGUAAGAACUGACUCUUUGAAAGGUAGACGUGGCAGAUUGCCAUCUAAACCGAAAUGCCCGCAGGAAUCACCGCCAAGCCCGCCCAUAUCACUUAUCACAGCACUAGUGAGAGCUCAUGUCGACACUUCUCCAGACUUUGCCAAUCUUGAUUACUCACAAUAUCGGGAACCAAACCCAAUGGAGCCACCGAUGUCAGACUUAGAAGUAAUUCAACAGUUUUACACUCUAUUGACAACUUCAAUUGAUAUGAUCAAAGUAUUUGCGGACAAGGUACCCGGCUAUGGUGAUCUAUGCCCUGAAGACCGCGAACAGCUGUUUGCGUCAGCUCGUCUCGAGCUAUUUGUUCUGCGAUUGGCAUACCGCACACGUCCGGAAGACACCAAGUUGACAUUCUGCAAUGGCGUCGUACUGGAUAAGCGACAAUGCCAACGAUCAUUCGGAGACUGGCUGCAUGCCGUUCUGGACUUCAGCAACACGCUACAUUCGAUGGACAUCGACAUAUCUACAUUUGCGUGUCUUUGCGCAUUAACUUUGAUAACAGAUCGACAUGGUCUUAAGGAGCCUCACCGUGUGGAGCAGUUACAAAUGAAGAUAAUAGGGUGUCUCCGCGCCCACAUGCCGGGCGGCGGAGGUGCAGCCGGUGGUGGCGCUCCACACUUCAGCCGCGUGCUGGGCGCUCUGCCCGAGCUGCGCUCGCUGUCUGUGCAGGGCCUGCAGCGCAUCUUCUACCUGAAGCUGGAGGACCUCGUGCCGGCGCCGCCGCUCAUCGAAAACAUGUUUCGCUCCAGCCUGCCAUUCUGA